CCGCCCAUUCACCGGCCACUGCUUGGCAUCAGUCAUCAGAGCUGUAAGAAAUACAACCACCAAAGAAAAUCUCAUUUCUCUCUCUAUUUCUAUAUGUGUUCUCUUUCUCUCUCUAUUUCUUGCUUUCUUUAAUUUCUCUCUAUAUCUCUCUACGUCGGAGGUGAUUGUGUCGGAUUCCUCCCAUCUGCGCCAGAAACAUCACUGUUUUCGUCUCUCUCUAACCACAUGAUCUCUCUACAGUGACGAUUAGAAAGACUGUUCCUUUCUUUUUUACUAUCUUUUUAGUUGAAGGGAGAGGUUAUAGAGAGUGAGUGAUGGCUGAGGGAUUUGAGCCAUAUCAUGUCCCACAACAAAGCCGAAGAGAUAAGCUGAGAGUCCUGGUUCAGAGCCACCCAGAGUGCGUGGAUAAUCUCCAUGGCUGCGCAGGUUUGGCCCCUCUUUAUGAUCCACCUGUCAUCCCUUCAGAUUUGCUAACCUGCGCCACACUCCAUGGCCACCACCCACUUCUCUCUGAUCACAAUAAGCACCACCACACUGGUAAAGGUGCGAGCUUGAUGAGUGGCGCCACUAAUUUCUCCCCGCCCACUAUGUAUAUGGAUCCGCAAUCUUCUGUUCCUCUCCACUUAAAUCAAGAAAUCACCAGAAACCCGUUUCUCUACGCCGCCCCUCCGCACAACCUUAGGUUUCAUGAUAAUAAUUCUUUCCAUGGUGGGGAGGUUACCGUGGUGUACAAACCGGAGCCUUUGUCAGUGACGCCAGGUGCUCACGAGGCUACCACUCCUACUAUAAGAGGUCAAGGUUUAUCUUUGACUUUGUCCUCACAUCACACUCACCAACACCAAAGCGCCAGUCUUCCUCUGGAGCUCAAUCUGCAAAGAUAUGACGCCUCAAUGACCUCUGGGCUUCUGGUUUCUAGCAUUCAUGGUGAUGGCGUGGGCAGUAACUGCUCCACUUACAAUAAUCAUGAUGCUGACCAGCUGUCACGGACCUGUUCUGGGGUGCCUGGGCCCUUCACAGGCUACGCCUCAAUCUUGAAGGGUUCUAGAUUCUUGAAGCCUGCUCAGCAGUUGUUGGAGGAGGUUUGUGAUGUGGUUAGGGGUGUUUAUGCUGAGAAGCUGGAAGCUGAUUCAGCUUUGAUGGACCCUUCCAUGGAAACUCUGGUUGAUGAUUCUCCAAAUUCUAAUGAUGGAGGUGAGCACAGGAGGAAGAAAUCCAGGUUAAUUUCAAUGCUAGAUGAGGUUUACAGGAGGUAUAAGCAGUACUACCAACAGCUGCAAGCAGUUGUUGCGUCUUUUGAAUCCGUUGCUGGACUAAACAAUGCAGCACCCUUUGCAAACUUAGCACUGAAAGCCAUGUCGAAGCAUUUCAGAUGCUUGAAAGACGCCAUAACUGAGCAGCUGCAGUUUAUAGGCAAAUCGCAAGGCCAUAUGAAUUACGAGGGAGAAGCCUCUCCCAGCUCUGAAAAUCUGGGGAAAGGACUUUAUUUCCAAAGCACAGCUAUUCGUAACGCUGGGUUAAUGGAACAUCAGCCUGUCUGGCGUCCCCAACGGGGGUUACCAGAACGUGCAGUCACCGUGCUCAGGGCAUGGUUGUUUGAUCACUUUCUCCACCCUUAUCCCACAGACACAGACAAGAUAAUGUUGGCUAAACAGACAGGUCUCUCGAGAAAUCAGGUGUCUAACUGGUUCAUCAAUGCAAGGGUUAGACUAUGGAAGCCAAUGGUGGAAGAGAUUCACAAUCUGGAAACGCGGCAAGCGCAAAAGAAUUCACAAACCAAAGAACAGAAUCAAAACAAUCCAAGCGAGCAUUUAAGCAUGAGGAAUUCUGUGGCCUGUGAAGAUGCAUCGGCGUCCAUGCACCAAAUUCAAGAACUUCCGACAAAGCGAACACGGAACGAGGCUGAGAAUUUCAUGGGGGGCGAUGAGGCGGCGAUGGAUCUAUCGUACGGCAAUUUGUCGCACCACUCUCGCCUGGGAAUCGGCGCCGCCGCCGGCGGAAGCAGCAGCGUCUCCUUAACCCUGGGCCUUCACCAAAACAACGAGCUUGGUUUGUCGGAUUCCUUCCCGGUGAACGCCGCCCAGCGCUUCGGGCUGGAUGCAAGCAGCGAAGGAUUUGUACUGUCUGGGUUCGAAGCGCAAAACACGCAAUUCGGAAGAGACAUCAUCGGAGGAUAACCAUAAUGUUUUGCUUGCCGCCCGCCAUGGGUCAGCCAUGAAUUUGCUAUAGAAACUAGAUUAGGCUUCAAUUUCAUAUUUUAUGAUGAUGAUCAAGCAUAUUAUCCAAAACUGACUGGCCUUUCUGAGAUUGCAGCUUUCUGAUAAAAAAAAAAAAAAAAAAAAAAAAAGGGAUGUUAGUUCUGCUGUGAUGAAUAACAGCCAUAAAUAUGUCCACCCAAAAUGAUUGCUUGCUUUUAUUCAAUGAUGUAUCUUUGCAGCAAUGAAUAUAUAGCUGCUCAAUUUUUUGCCCAGACAAGGUAUGUAAUCCUAGGCAAAGUGUCCAAAAGAGUGGGUUGAAAUUAUGAACUCUUAAAACCUUUUUAA